CGUCGACUCCACGAUAAACUGAACAAUAAAGCAGCCCAACUCGGCGAGGCUCCCAGUUAAAUCCCUCUUCUCGAGUAAACCCAAUGUCUAACCACGAGGCUACAACUAUAUCCCGCGCGACCUCUAUCUCGCGUGCUAGCAAACACGGCUCGACAGCGUCGCGUAACCAGUCGCUCAUCAAGAAAAAUGUUGCCCCGCAGGAUUUACGCCCAUCCGAUAUUCUUAUCGAGCGAUUCGUCUCCUGGAAAGCUAUUGUGAAGCAGCUCAUCAGUUACUUUGAAGGAAUCGCCGAUAUCGAGAACAAUAUCGCCAAGGAAUACACAAAGCUUGGCGCAGUCAUCCAAGUACCCUUCCGCUCAGGAAACCAAUUUCUGGGCGAAGGUGGCCUGCAGGAUGUAUACUAUGGCAUUCGCGACAAAACGCGCCUCAUCGCAGACCAGCAUGCAAACUUGGGUAGAACCGUUGAUAGCUCCAUCGUGCAACAUCUACAGAAACUACACGCAGAAAUUAAAGCCCACAUAAAGAAUGUUCAAAACGACACCGGCAAAUUGGCUACUAGCGUUGCCAAAGAACGCGAGCUCUCCGGACGAAUGAUCAGCGAACUGGCAACGAGCGUCAGCAUUUUUAAGAAUACCCCGAUGACCGUGACCAAUAAGAGCGACCCUUAUGUUGCCAAUAUAGCGGUCAUGAGACAAUUACAGAAGCAGGUACACGAGGAAAAUGCUCUUCAGAAGUCCAUCAUCAUCAUGCAACAGAAUUCUGCCCACUUCGAGGAAGGAAUAGUGCGCGCCAUUCAGUCGGCGUGGCAAACCUAUGAUGAGUGGCGAUCUCGAAUGACCGAUUCAGUGCAGGAUACGUGGCACACCAUGGGUCGGAACAUGGUCUCACUUACGCCCGACCGAGAGUGGAUAUCAUUUUCAGCCAGAUCUGAUCAUCUUCUCGAUCCCGAGACCCCUCUGCGAAAUCCAGAAACAAUUCAGUACCCUUCCAAAGAAGAUACCUCUGUCAUAGCCGUGCAUACUGGACAUCUCGACCGCAAGAAGAGGUUUACAAGGACCUAUCGCGAGGCUUAUUAUGUCCUCACCCCUGCAGGAUUCUUGCACGAGUUUGCGACAUCUGACCCAUCUCAAACAGGCAGUCAAACACCCAUAUUCUCAUUAUUCCUUCCGGCGUGCACGCUUGGUCCUCCUUCAACACCGUCUUCAAAGUCUCACAAAUUCCACAUCGAGGGUCGCAAAGAUGGCACAGGUACCACUAAACAUGGCUCCUUCAAAUUGCCCAUGACGGGUGGCCAGCAUGCCUGGUCAUUCCGUUCUCGUAGUCAUGAGGAUAUGAUGGAGUGGUGGAAUGAUGUCAGAAUGCUAUGCGCCCGUUAUCUCGUCGCUAGCGAGCAAAUGGACCGCGGGGGUCCAGUCGAGGCAGCUGUCCGUUCCGCUGGGUAUGUCAGUGAAGAAGAGGACGAGGAGGAGGAGGAUGGGUCUAGCAUUGAAGAAGAGGAACAGGAAGACGAGGAUGAGGACCUGUAUCAAGAUGCUGUCGUCGAUAAUGACGACGAGAAUAAGGCUCCACCUUCUUACACCAAACCUGCCAAUAGUUCUUUCACCGGAGCUCGUCAGAAUGGUUACGCGGUAAGUGUCUUGAUUUAUUUGUUGAUAUAUCCACUGAUUAUUUUUCUGCUCAGCCAGAAAAGCGAGCGUCGUCGAUAAGCCAUGAUGAUGGCACGGCUUCGUCACGCCCAAGCAAGCGUCAGCAGGAGAAGGCACCUGAAGGACGACCUCCUCACAGUGGAUAUGUAUCUGAUGCCGA